GGGUGGGAGACCGGUGGCUCCUCCCGCCGAGCUGACAGCCACGUGGGGCACCCCUGUGCGCUCCCUACGCAUCUGGGAUGGCACCCCCACCCCGAGGGCCCCGCAGAGUCCCACCCUUCCUGCAACCAGCCCCCCCCAAAGCCAUUAAACCACCCAUAAAUCCUGCUGCAACACCCGCACAGGCCCCACAAUGCCUCUGAGCCCUGCCGCAACGUUGUCACUGACUCCAGACCUUCCCCUGCACUCUGUCCAAAGCCCCAAACAUUCCUAAAGCCACUCCCAGGCCUGGUCCCCGCAGCAGUGAGGCAUUCUAACAAAGAUGGGAUGUGAUCUGCGUCUCCGCCUCGACUCAGUCCCGCUUUAGGGAACCGGGAGUUUACAGCGCUUCCUGGUGAAGGGUGUUGACGGGUGGAUGCACAGAUGACAAAGAGGUUUUUCUCUCUUUUCUUCUGAGCCGCCUCUGAGAAGCCUCUGUACGUACACGAUGUGGCUGAUCUGGGAUAAUCGUGCUGUGCACAAUGUUUAAGGAGAACAUUGCCAUGAAAUGGUGGGCUAAGGAAUAGCCUAAAAAACCUAAAAGGCUCGGGAAAAGCCAAAGAGAACAGCAAUGGGCUCUGGGAAGCCCCAGUGACGCUACAGAAAACAGCGUGGCUUUUAGGCACCUCCUCAGAGCAGCAGCAAUGUCUUGCUCCAGCCUGUGGGACAAUGGGGACUCUUAAUUACCACCUUGAAUUACCACAAGUGUUGCAAAAGCAGAAGGGACUAGGGAGCACGCAGAGCAGGUUGUGGACUAUAUGUCAAGUUUAAACAAGCAACAAGCCCCUCUGCAAAUAGGAACAGGUUUAGCCCUAAGUACUCGAUGAAGGUAGCUGUGAGUAACGUGAAGCGAAGCGGUUACGUCAAUCACCCCGAAAGCCUCGGAGAAGUGGUCCAAACACCUGAUACCCUCGCGGCCUCGGCAGUCUUUUUGGUUUGUUUGGCAGGGUAGUCCACCGAAGGGGGACAUCUCGAAGAGAAGCAGCGAGACCUGGGGAUCCGGUUGUUCGUUUUGGUCGUCGCCUGUGAGGCCAGCAUCCGAGCGUAAGAGGAAUCUAGGCGCUGUCUCGAAAAGAGAUGGCACCAAGGACAGCAAAUGCUGACAAAGAGAAGAGACGGACAAGCAUUUUCUUGUGAUUAAUACCGAAGGGACGGGAUGAGACAAGGAAGCCAAAAUGCAGUGGACCCUCGAUAUCACCAGGAACUGCUACAGGAGGUGGCGUUCUGGCACGGGUAACUAAGGGCGAUGGAUUUUACUCUGCCUCCAUCAACAGGCGCUGGCUGGCAAAGUCGUCGUGUCCCAGCGGAGACUCUUAGGCAGGACGGGAGGAGUUCGGAUCCGCAGCCUGCCAGAAGAGCGUCGCCCGGGAGGGGUCGCUAGCCUUGAGCUACAGGCACUGGUGCUGAAGCCCAGUCGGGCAGUCGAAGGAGCCUCGUCGCAGCUGGGAGCUCUGCGGAGAUGUGCGGCCGGCUGUGGAGGAUGAGCUCUGACUUGCGGCGUGGACACGGCUAAGUCCUGGGCUGCAUCGUACGCGAGUGGGGCUGGGAGGUGCGAGGCGUUCGUCCCCUAGCCGUGGUCACUGGCGCCGCUGGCUGUGGCUGUUUGCCCAUGGAGCUGAGAGGACCAAACAUACUAAUUGCCUGACCCAGAGAUGAAUUAGUGCUUGCAGGCUUUCAGGUAGGUUCAGUGCAAGUGCAGCUUAGUGCAGUCCCGUGGAGUGAUGCUUGCACAUGCUCACAUUUGAAUGGUGGCUAAAACCAAGCCUCUAAACAGCAACUGUAAUGCAAUUCUGGUGCUUGUCUUCCUGUUCUGCUGUACUUCUAAAGGAAGGGAAAACUUCCUAAGCUGCGGGCAAAACUCCUUGGCUUCUCUUGACUGUUUCCAUGCUCUGGAAACAGCUUUGGGUGCUUUGGUGCUUGUUGCUUAAAGCUGAGGGUUUGGAAUUUUUCACUUAAGGUUGAUUGUUUAGCUUGCUGCUGAGGGUCUCUCACCCAGGAGUUACGGGUUAUUCCUUUCUUUUGUGGGGCUCACUCUUUAUCAGUCAGGGUUUACAGUUUGCUCAUGUAGCAAUCGGGGCGCAGAAUUUAAAAUCCAACCCCAUCCCUUGUCCCGAUCCAAUAUCGGGGGGGUUUCGUUACGAUCCCAAGGACGAGAUUAAGACGCUAAAACCGGUCAAAUAUCGUACAACCGUUUAACAUUAUUUUCCACAAAGUGGGGAGAAAAGGUGGGGAAAGGCGAAGGAGAGGCGAAGGGAAGAGGGGGACAAGGGUAAGGGGAAAAGAUAGAGAAAGCUGGAAAAGGAGAGAAAGAGCUGGCUACCACCAGUCCGAGUCCAGUGAUGUUCUGCUGACUCCGUUCGAAUUACAGCUCAGGCUGGGUGCCUCCAAAGAGGGACCCCGAACAAAGAAAUCCCUGGGCAAUGAUACUUUCCAAUCUAAGCUCUCCACCCUUCACACAGUAGUUUGGACCAAUAGUAAUAUUUAGGUCUGGGGUCUCCUGCUCCCUAUUGGGUCCCUCGAUAGGUUGUUUACUGUUGCGGUUUCUGCUGGUGGAUAUGUCUUCAUUCUUCGGGUCCUGCCCUUGUCUCUCAAGGCCCUGACAAAUCAGUACUGCCCCAGCAGUGAUAGUAGGUGUUAUUUCCCAAGGUCCAGACAAAGGGAAUAUGAUCUGGACCCCGAGAUAGUCCAGACCCCCCCUAAUCAGCACUGUUUCAGCAGCGAGAGGAGCCCCAUCAUCCAACUAUGUUGGCAGUUCUUUGACCAUUUGCUUGUCCAGCCACUCAGACCAUAGAGGCCUCGUUUGUGUGCAAGUAUACUGUGGGAGAAAGUGUCAAAAGCCUUCUGAAAGUUGAGGUAACUGACAUUCACUGCUCUCUGUUUGUCCAUAAAUAGAGUUCUUUUAACAUAGAAAGCCAUCACGUUGGUGAGGCAUGAUUUCCUCUCAGGAAAUCUGUGCUGACUCUUCCCAGGCACCUCAUUCUCCUUCCUUUACCUGGAAAUGUGAUCAGAGGGGGCUCGCUGCAUGACGCUCUCCUCAUCAAAGUGAGUCUGAACGGCCUGUAGUUGCCCAGGUUGUGCUUGUGGCCUUUGUGGAAGAGGAAUGUAACAUUUGCCCUUCUCCAGUCAUUGGGUCCUCCCUGAGUCUCCACACCUUUCCAAGAUGACAGAGAGUGGCCUUGCGAGAUAGAGGCCAGCUCUCUCAGCAUCCUCAGCUGCAGCCCAUCCAAUCCUGUACACGUACCAAUAAUUCCUGCCUCAGUCCUCAGGCCCUGCUGGUUGUUUUUCUCCUCAGGACUCCUGACUCUAGGCACAAUGGCCUGGGAGACCUUGCUGGUGGGGGCUGAAGCCAAGGGAUUGAGUUCCCCAGACCCAUCUACCUCUGCUGUUACCAGAUUGCCUGCCCCAGUCAGGAAUGGGACCACGUUAUCCUUGUUCAGGCUUUCACUGUUACUGAAGCAAUAGCAGAUCAUCUUUUUGCCCUUGACAUUCCUUGUAGCCUCAGUCCUAAAGGCGCUUAGGUUUUGCUAACAGCUUCCCUACUUCCCUGGACAGCAUUUCUCACUUCCUGCUUUGCAGCCUCUCCCUGCUUUCUGUUCCCCAUCCCUGUGCUGCCUUUUUGUCCUGUUGUUCAGUUGUGAGUUCCCUGUUCAGCCACUCUGUCUCCUGAGAUCUCUGCUUGCUCUCCUGGACAUCAGUAUGGGCCAUUCUUGAGCUUAGAGGAUGCUGUCCUUAAAGACCUGCCACCUUUCUUGACUUCUUCUGUCCUUCAGACUUACCUACCACAGGAUCCCUCUACCAGUAGGUCCAAGUCUGCUCCUCUGACAUCCAGAGUGUGGGCUCUGCUACUCUUCCUCCUCAUAUCACUCAGGAUCUGGAACUCCACUGUCUCAUGGCCACUGCAGGCAAGGCUGACACAUCUACCUGGCUGCCCUCCUGGGCAACAUCCUCAUCAUCACAGCCGUAGCCUGCGACCACUGCCUCCACACCCCCAUGUACUUCUUCCUCCUCAACCUCUCCCUCCUUGACCUUGGCACCAUCUCCACCACUGUCCCCAAAUCCAUGGCCAAUUCUCUGUGGGACACCAGGGCCAUUUCCUACUCAGGAUGUGCUGCCCAACUCUUUUUUUUUUGCCUUUUUUGUUUUGGCUGAGUAUUGUCUUCUCACAGUCAUGGCCUAUGAUCACUAUGUUGCCAUAUGCAAACCCCUGCACUAUGGGACCAUCAUGGGCAGCAGAGUGUGUGUCAAAAUGGCAGCAGCUGCCUGGGCCAGUGGGUUUCUCAGUGCGGUGCUGCACACUGGGACCACAUUUGGAGUAACAUUCUGCCAUGGCAAUGCCCUGGGCCAGUUCUUCUGUGAAGUUCCCCGGAUCCUCAAGCUCUCCUGCUCAGACUCCUACCUCAGGGAACUUGGGGUGCUUGUGAUUACUGUUUGUUUAGGCUUUGGGUGUUUCAUCUUCAUUGUGGUGUCCUAUGUGCAGAUCUUCACUGCUGUGCUGAGGAUCCCCUCUGAGCAGGGCCAGCACAAAGCCCUCUCCAUGUGCCUCCCUCACCUGGCCGUGGUCUCCCUGUUUGUCAGCACUGUCAUAUUUGCCUACCUGAAGCCCCCCUCCCUCUCUUCCCCGUCUCUGGAUCUGGUGGUGGCUGUUUUGUACUCGGUGGUGCCUCCAGCAGUGAACCCCCUCAUCUACAGCAUGAGGAACAGGGAGCUCAGGGAUGCCCUGAAGAAACUGAUUCUCCUGGUUUUCGUGCAGCAGCAAUGAGCUGCCCAUCCCUCUUCACAGGCGGUUUCUAAGUACCUCAGACAAGUCUUGUGCUUUGGGCAUUCUUGCUGUGAUCAUCAUGUUUGUGCAGAAGUGUUGGAAUUCAUCCCACUUCCUUACAGCCAUGAACCCAGUCUGCCUGACCCAGAGGUCUUCUGUAAAUGUGUCUCUCAUUGUGUCACAGCUGUCCUCUCUGUAAUAAAUGGGAUUUCCCCAGUGCA